AUGUUCAACGUGGAGGCUGCAGUGUACGCUAGCAGCACUGCUGCGAGGAAUAUGGCUAUGAAACACGCAGCGUAUUCGAUACAAGGCCCGACAGAGAAGAGCAUAAGAGAGCUAGAUGACGGCAAGUGCCAAGUAGCAAGAAUGGCAAGUCGCAGUGCUGGCAUCGAAAUUCGUUAUACUGAUGAGAAGUUCCGAAUGCCUUUACCGCCACCACCGUUAGCACCCCCGGUGGACCCCACUGAGAGGAUGUGGACGGCUACUAAGGAGAAGGUGGCUGCUAAAGAGACGAUUGAAACGGACCUGAUGCUUGACCGCUAUGGCCCGGGCCUGCCUGCCGACAGAAUGUUUCAUGGUGACUUGAAGCAGCACUUUACAGAUCUGUCAGCGCUUUGUAAGGACGAGCUCAAUCGACUACUCAAGUACACAGUAUACAGUACUGCUCUGAACAACCUGGGUGAUAACCCAGAGGUAGAGCAAGCUGUUGUAAAGAGCAUCAGGGCUGCCCUUGCUUCGAUGCUGGGGAGACUAGAAGACUAUUCCAAGGUUAUCAUUGACCGGGCCUUUGACACUCUUCCACCUGCUGGCACGAACCUGGAAACAGAAGUGUUUAAGUCCAGACUGCUAUCGGUUCAGUUAGACACGUGUGUACGGAGUCACGAAACACUACAGGGCAAGCUGGAAGAUGCACUAUGGCGACUAACGAAUCAGGCCCUUAGCUUUCGGCACCUCCGGAUGUCGUAUCAGCGAGAUAUGCAUCUGAUGCGGUCUAAGCUGAAAGGCCUCGUUAUUGAAGUUGAGGACCAUUUGCGCUUUAGAGAGAGUUCAAGCACCAGUGCGCAAAGAUUAUUGAAGAGCACGCGAGAAGUAGAGGAUCUGAUAAGCAAAGUUUCCAAAUCGGAUACUGACGUGAAUAUUUUUGUGGGCGACAUCUACAUGGAGGAGGAGAUAAGGCAACAGCUACGACAGAAGGAGGAGGAGAUGAAGGCCCUCUUUGGUGUUGAGAGGGGCCGCUUUGAAAUGAAAGUUAAGACACUUCUCUUGGAAAAUCGCACAUACCGAACCAGGGUUGAGGAGCUCAGUGACAAGAACGAUAUACUGAAUAUGAAGAUAAAGCAUCUAGAGACGCAAAUCGAGCAGCUGGGGGGAGGCCAGGGCGGAGGCAACGCUGGUGGUCUUACUAGAGGUGUUAUCUCGCUCCAGGGCAUGCUUGGUGAUUUCAAAGAUAACGGCAAUGCGGCUUCUGUGAACCCCGCGGCAGCUCCCGAAACGUUAGUGGAAAGUAUGGGUACGCAAGAUGAGGAGCUCGUCGCUGUUAGCCGCAGUGAGCUCAAUAACGUCCAAGCAGCUUUCCAGAAGCUCAAACGUCAAUCCAGACUAUAUGCUGAUCUCGUGGCUCAGUCAAAAACGAGGCUCAUGCAGGGAAUCGCCUUAGUAGAGAAAAAUAGCAAAGCCCUCAUUCCAGCGAGCUCGGAGAUCGAUAUGGAGGAUGAGGCAUGUGCGACGGCUACUGGUGUGAAGCCGAAGCCUAUGAGCUUCACCAAGGCUGAUGAGUUAAAACAGGAAGUCUCAGUGCUACAACGACGACUGGCAGAACAAGGCAAGACACAAGACGAGGCGGUGACCGGAAGGGAUGAGGCGGCGGCUAGACUCGUCAAAGUGGAGGCUGAACUUGAGGCGCGUACAGAGCAGCUGAACAUGCUGAAGUAUCAGAUGAAGGAAAAGGAACAAAGUCGAGCUGAAGCCGAGCAGAAAAAGAAAAAGGCCGAGGCUGCUGCUGAGAAGGCUCGAGCGGAGGAAAUACAUGAGCAGGAACGCUCUAGGUAUGCAAUUGACUCGGCGAGGAGGAAGACUAUGCUGGCUGAGCGAGAUAGGAGGAUUAGUUACCAGGAGAACGAGAUUCAGAGGCUUCACGACAAGAUGGGCUCUCAGGAGCAACGGUUAGGUGAGUUGAAGAGCGAACGGAAAGAGCUGGCAAACUCACUGAAACACACCCGGACGCAGCUUCGACAAGCCAAUGAGCAAGCCAAGCCUAAGAUGAAAGUGAUGGGCAGAGAGAAAGCAUUGAUGAGAGCUCAUACGAGUGCUGUUGAUGAACCAGCGUCUGGUGUGCGGCACCCGGUCGGCCAGCAGAUAGAGUUAUUGAGGAAUAUGUGUUCCUUGCUGGGCCUGCCUGAAAUCGUGGACGAGGUUCAGAGUGCUACGUCUUACAAUGCCAGGUUGAAGCGAGAGAGAGGUAUCGUAUGGCGAUCGCAGAUAAGGACUCAUUCAAUUCAUGGCGCUCGAGAGCUUGAGGAGGUUAUGGACAAGAACCUGGCUGAGUCGAGAUUCAACAGGACACGAACGGGUCGACUGAGGAAAAUGCCUCGCAACGACGGUCGGAUGAGAAGUAAUCUGCAGACGAUGUCAGAGCCGAGCUCAUCUGAGGGAGAGGAAGAGGAGGAGAAGGAUGUGUUCUUCAACCGUGCUGACUUCGGUAGCAAAUACGGUCGGCUUACGGACUAUGUGCAGGCCAGGGCAGUCACUUGGCAGACAACGAUGAGGGCUCAAGGAGAUGCGCACGAGAGAAUUGAGUCGCGGCAGCAUGCGGUGAAGAGGAUGGACAGUAUGGAAGUGCAGUUCUUAAAGGAGCAACAGAAGUCACUCGAGGUAAAGAUGGAGGGCAUGAGGUUUGAUAUCGAACUGAAAGACUACGAGCUGAGGAAGAUCAGAGAGGCUUGGAUUAACGCCAACGACUCUCGUUUGAUUUAUAAGAAUGCUUACGAUUUGGAACUUCGCUCACGAGCUGGUGGGCGGGGACUCCAAGGCACAGAUGAGGAACAAGAGCAGGCAGCGAAAAAGGCAGUGGUGGAAGCCAUGCAGGCCGAUGAGGAGUUCUCUCUUAUAGUCGCUGAGCGUGCCGUUAUGGCGAGGAAGCGUAUGAUAGAGUUGUCGGAUGAGGUGGAGAAAGAGGCCACUCAGCUGGCCAAUAAAAGGCACUCUAUCAGGAAGAUAGGAAAGGCGCUCAAGACCGAAGAUGAUUACGGCUGGGCAGACUUUGACUUUGCUGCUACCCUUGAAGAGGACCAGGCCGUCAUCGCUGGCAUUGACGCUGCUCUUGCUGCUGCUACUGGGAGCGAGAUCGGUGAUGAUGAUGAUAACAAAAGGUGGCACGAGGAGCUCAAGGCUGAGGUGCUUACUGUACUCGAGCAAGACCGGGUAGCCAAAUACGGAGAGAAGAUCGGGAGGCUAGCCUUCACAGCAUCCUCCUCCUCGUCUUCGUCCUCGGUCUCCUCAAGUGACUCAUCCUCGGAUGAAGAGGAGGACCCUUACGACCGAGCCAUGGCACAUACGUCUAAACGUGAUGCCCCAUUGGUCACGGACGCCGCAGUGAGAAGAGUCACCAAGCUAAUGCGAGGACUCAAGUCUGGACCGAAGCAUGCAUUCUGGGAGGACGCAGGAGCUCGAGAGCAACAGAGGAAGUCUGUUGAUGAGGGAAAGCGUCGUGGGAGCGGUGACCAGCGGCGGGACUCUAAGAUGCUGAUGGAGUUCGAGAGGCUACAGCAAGAGGCCUUAAGAGGGUAA